CUAAAGUGAUCCAUUCUCACACCGACAAGUCACCACCCGGCAGCGCCCACCCCCAAUCCAGUCCAUCCAUAUUAUCCAUCCAUCCAUCGUCGCUCGUCGUUUUUUCUGCACCACCACUCCAAGGACCGCCCCACGAUCCAAACCCUUUACUCUAUCCCUAGAAACACAGGCCUCGACGCCGUAAACCGCAAACAUGGGUCUCGCCUUUUCGAAGCUUUUCGACCGACUGUGGGGGAAGAAGGAGAUGCGAAUUCUGAUGGUUGGUCUUGAUGCCGCCGGUAAAACCACCAUUCUCUACAAGCUCAAGCUUGGUGAGAUCGUCACCACCAUUCCCACCAUCGGCUUCAACGUCGAGACCGUCGAGUACAAGAACAUUCAAUUCACCGUGUGGGAUGUCGGUGGUCAGGACAAGAUCCGUCCUCUGUGGAGGCACUACUUCCAGAACACUCAGGGUAUCAUCUUCGUCGUCGACUCCAACGAUCGCGACCGUAUUGUUGAGGCCCGAGAGGAGCUCCAGCGCAUGCUCAACGAGGAUGAGCUCCGCGAUGCCAUUCUCCUUGUCUUCGCCAACAAGCAGGAUCUUCCCAACGCCAUGAACGCCGCCGAGAUCACAGACAAGCUUGGCCUCCACAGCCUGCGACAACGCGCCUGGUACAUCCAGUCCACUUGUGCUACCUCAGGUGACGGUCUCUAUGAGGGUCUCGAGUGGCUCGCCAACACCCUCCGAAAGGCGGGUCACCAGUAGAAAGAUUGACGAGAAGCAUCUCUUAAAGAAACCCGCCUUUUUCUCUUGCUCUGCCACAUACUCUCAAAUGGCUCUUUGUGUCGACUCGAGGUUUCGGUUGUAAUUUGCAAAGUUAUCGGUCAACCAAUCGAAAAUGAAUCCUUGAACCAAAGUCGCAUCUAUUCACGUUUUCUGUUAAAGCAACCUGUUUCUACGCUUCCUCCGUCUCUCAAUGGUGCUUCACUGUGAGCCUCUCGGUUAACGUUUGUUUGCCAUCUGCCAGCGUCAGCUCGCCUCCCGAGGACCACAGAACGUGCUUUCUUUUUUUUCUUCCUGGAGGAAAAGUCGGGUGAUGAUGGGAGGCGUCUUAUGGGGAACCCCGGGGUAUAUGUACAGUCGUCAAAUCGGGUGUCGUGUUUGUUCUUUGAAAAAAUGCAUUAUUUGCAGAUUUUAUACGAAUACUCUCGCAAACCGUGGCGCACUGGUACAUCUAUCAUUUGCUGUUUUUUUCCAUUUCCUUUCCAUAUCGCUUUGGGGAACAUGACCAUGAUGAUCAACUCGAGUAACGAGGAGUAGAAACGAGGCAUGAAUUCGGGGCCACUAUGAGAUUAAGUCGUUGUAGAGAUUCUAACUGUUUUAUUCCAUCUUUAUACAUAUACU